UUCUACGUCUUUUAAACAAACCUGAGGUGGUUCACUGUUACUCUAGUUUUUGCUGUUGCCACUUGUACGCCCGCAUUUGUCCCAGUAACAUUUUUAAUAUUUUUUUUUUUUCUUUUUCAUUCUAACAAGCCACGUCGUUGGAUUAAACCAGUUUUAAAUGUGCGCACAGAUUAUCCACACACAUUGUUCAUAUAAUUUAUACGUUUGUGUUGUUCAACGAUAUAUAACAUAAAUUUAAAAAAAAAAAAACAAUUGUCGAUAUUGACGUAACAAUAGUGAUAAGAUAAUAAUAAAGAAAAGAAAAACUAAAUAGAAAAAAAGAAAGUGUUUAAAAGACAGAAUAAUAUUGUUGUGUUAUUGUUAUUAUUUAUUAGUUAUUUGUAAAAUUUUCUAUAAAUAGAAAAAUUAAAAACAUGGAAAAAUAAUGAUUGUAUAUUAUUUGAUAUUUGAAUGAUGAUCAUGAUAGUAUAUAUAUUUAUUAAACAUUAAAAAGUGUAGGAAGUCGUUUGGAUUCAUCAAGAAUUAUAGUGUCUCCAAUUAAAUUUCAAUUGAUUCAUACUCGGAUUGGUUCACAGUGUUUCGCGUUGAUUUCUUAUGCGUGAUAAAGACGUGAUACAAUACGCCUUCUAUGGUGACAUUGAUGUGAUUAUUAUCACUCAUUUUAUUAUUCAAAUGUCUAUCUAUCGUGUGGUUAAAAAAAUUAUUAUUAACGCAACUUGAUGCUAUGUUUAACAAUCAUGCCGACUUGUAUUAUGUCUUGUUAUUAUCAUAGAAGGAUAAUUAUUUAAAAGUGAAUUUAAUAAUUAAUUUUUUUUUUCUUUAUUAUAUUAAUUAAUAUGGAUUAUUUUUUUAUAAAUUUUAUUUAUUUAUUGUAAAUAUGGAUUUUAAUAAAAUGGAUAGUAAUAAUGAGAGUGAUUUCGAUGUCGAGAUGAGUUCGAUGUCAUCAAAUCAUCGUGGUGAUGAUGAUGAGAGGCGCACGCCUAUGCGCCCAAUGAUUGCCGAAUACGAUCCAAAAAGACAAGGUGUAAAAACCGAAUUGUCAGACAUGGUUCUCACCAAAUACAAAUGCGAGAGAAAUGAUGUACCAGUCACUGUUACUGGUGGUUCAACACUGCCACUUGUGGAAAAACAUAUGGAUGAAGAGGCUGCAUUAUAUAAUCCAUUUGAACAUCGUAAAUUGGCAAAACCAACAUCUGAUCUUGAUACUCUUAUUCAUUUACUCAAAGGAAGUCUUGGUUCUGGUAUACUUGCUAUGCCAUUUGCUUUUAAAAGUUCUGGACUUUGGUUUGGUUUAUUUGCAACAUUUUUCAUUGGUGCUGUAUGCACAUAUUGUGUUCAUAUACUUGUUAAAUGUGCACAUGAACUUUGUCGAAGAACACAAACACCAAGUUUAGGAUUUGCUGAUGUUGCUGAAACUGCAUUUCUUGCUGGUCCAGAAGGCAGCAGAAAAUAUGCAAGACUUGCUAAGGCUAUUAUCAAUCUAUUUUUAGUACUUGAUUUACUUGGAUGUUGUUGUGUAUAUAUGGUAUUUGUUGGAGGAAAUUUAAAAAAAGUUAUUGAUAUUAAUACUGAUACAAAUUUGGAAUUAAGAUAUUACAUGGCUGCAUUAAUUCCAUUUCUACUUGUUCUUUCACUUGUGAGAAAUCUUAAAUAUCUUGCUCCAUUUUCAAUGCUUGCUAAUUUUCUUAUUUUUGUUGCUCUUGUAAUAACAUUUUAUGUUAUAUUUUCAAAACCAUCUUGGGAAACAUCUAACAUCAAAAGUUUUGCUGGUAUAACUAGUCUACCAACAUUUUUUGGAACUGCAAUUUUUGCUCUUGAAGGCAUUGGUGUUGUUAUGCCAUUGGAAAAUAACAUGAAAACUCCAACUCAUUUUAUUGGUUGUCCAAGUGUUUUAAAUAUUGGUAUGUUUUGUGUUGUAACACUUUACAGUGUUGUUGGAUUUUUUGGAUAUGCUGCUUAUGGUGAUAAAGUUCAAGAUUCAAUAUCAUUAAAUCUUGGUGAUACUGCUGAAGCUCAAGCUGUACAAAUAAUGAUUGCUAUUGCAAUAUUUUUUACUUAUGGUUUACAAUUUUACGUACCAAUGGAAAUUAUUUGGAAAAAUAUAAAACAUCGUUUUGGUGCACGUAAAUUAACAGCUGAAUAUAUUGUAAGAAUAUUAUUGGUACUUGCAAUAGCUGCAGUAGCAAUUGCUUUUCCAAAAUUAGGACCAAUAAUAAAUUUAAUUGGUGCUGUAUGUUUAUCAACACUUGGUCUUAUGUUUCCAUCAGUUAUUGAAUUAGUUACAGUAUGGGAAAAAGAAAAUGGUCUUGGUCGUUUUAAUUGGAUACUAUGGAAAAAUAUAUUAAUAAUAUUAUUUGGUAUUGUUGGCUUUGUAACUGGUAGUUACGUAAGCAUUGCAGAAAUAAGAAAAGAAUAUUCCCCAUAAAAAUGAGACGAUAGUCUGACGACUGCGUCUCAAUAAAAAUAGUCGCAAAAUGCGCCCAAGUGUCUGCAGCAAACAUCAACAUCAACACACAACAUACAACAUUCUCAUCAAAAAAGUUUAUAUCAAUUAAAGAAGAAAAAAAUAAUAGAUAAAUCAUGCGAAUAAUUAACACGACUAAUAGUCAACGAUUAAACAAGAUAAAUAUUUUUAAAUCAAUCCUUUAAUACCGUAUUUAGAGUCAUCAAAUUCUAUCGGCUCAAUAGUCACAAUUUUUUUCUGUACAUAAUAAUAUUUUGCUUAAUAAUUAUUUAGAUCAACGGUGACAUUAAAAUCAAUGCCGAAUAUAAUAUUUAUUAACAAUAAAUAAGUUAAUUAAUUUAAAAAAAAAAAUAUAAAUUACGGAAAUAAUUAGUGAGAGUCGAUAUAUUAAUCUACAACGGAUAUUAGAGUGAUUAUAUUUUCAAUAUACAUGUGUGAUUUAGCUAGAUUUUUUUUUUUUUUUUUUUCUUUUUUCUCAAACGGAUGAGCUUUCUUCCAUUGUCACAUCACUCUUUCUCAUAUCAUCUUAAUAAUAAAAUCAAGCUCAGUUAUGAAUGAGAUGAAAUCAAUUAUUGUAAUUAUAAUAAUAAUAAUUUUUUGUGUUUAUUUUUAUUAGUAUUAUUGUUGUUGUGAUAACAAUAUCAAAUAAUUUGAGAAAGAGUUAAAUUAAACGAGACUUGUAAUCUUGUUUUGCUAUGCGGGCCUCGGGAUGAAAUCGCGAUUAAAUUAACAUCAUCAUUGUAUCACCAGAACGGUGUCAAAGCGAGAUAGGAGCGAGACAAUUUUUUUAGCUAUCAAUAAUCAUCUAGCUUAUCAAUUAGCUCAUCUAGCUCGUAACUGUGCCUUUAGGCUCGGUAUUUCAUUUUUUUUUUCUUUUUGUCAAUUAAAAAACUUUCUUAUUUUUAUUUUUUACUUUUACUUUCUUUUUUUUUUUUUCUCGUUUUUUUUGUAAUUUGUAUUUUGUUCCUAGUUUGUUGACGUUUAUUGAUGCUCAUUAAGCAUCUGCGUCUACUUGCCAGUAUUGUCUCCAAGGAGAAUAGACUAAGGGUUCAACUAAUUAAACUGUUGAAUAGGCUCAGUUUAAGAUCAAAAUUAUUACAAAAAAAAAUUAAUUAAUAAACCAUUUGUAGUUAUUCUUCAAACACAAC